AUGUUAUAAACACAUAUGUACCUAUUAGCAUUGUUGCCAAUUAUAGUUCUGUCUACUUGUGGUAUGUGUUUAUUUUUGAUUUGCAAGUGACAAAGGAGCUAUAAGAUCAUGUUUAUCCAACAGUGAAAGAAUAUUACAAAUGGGAAAUCAGAAGAUUUAUUUAAGGUGAUAAUUUGAUUUAUGAAUUGGAUUCUCCUACAACUCUAUUUCAACUUGAAUAACCUUUACAUAAAAUUAGUGAAGAAGUUCAUUUUGCUCGUAACAACAAUAUUAAUACUUUUAGCACAUAUUGAAAUUAUAGCCAUAAGAGCUUUUGAUAUACCAGAAACUGGUGCAUGGACUAAUGAUUUCGCAUUCAUGGGUCAAGAUCCUGAUGACAAUUCUUGGUGGAUUUACUAUGCAGAAGGGUAAUGAAAAUAUACUAUAUCAUCAUAGAAAAUAAAUAUAAAUGAAUGUGGCUCCUUCAUUUACAAAAGAAAUUCAAUUUAUAAAUAACAAUCGUUUAAUGAAAUGUUUGGAUCUUGAAUAUAUUGACAGAGAUACAUUUUUAGUUGAUUGUAUUGAACCAUAAGAACAAACAGGUGAAGAUCCUAUACCAGGAAAGAAUUAUGUUUAUAUUAUUAAAAAGGGUGAUCCUCCUGUUAUUACAUCAGAAUUCAUGUACUCUAGAAAAUAUUUGACUGUUACUGAUAGAAAGGUAUAAUAUCAUGUUUACAAUGCUUAAAAUAUUGGUGAUGAUUCAAAUGAAGAGCCUCUAAGAAUUUUAUUAAGAGGUUAAUAUGCCUAUGGUACUCCAGGUAGUAGUAUAACAAAUCUUGAUGGAGAUUGCAUAAUUGAUUUGUUAAAAAAUAAUGAUAAGAAUGAUAUUGUAGAAACUAUUUAACAUUUAGAUAGAGGAUUAUUGAUAUAAGAUUUAGGCAUAAAACCAGAAGAUUAAGAAAAUUUUAAGUUUACUUUGAUAGAUUUUAAAAUAAUGCCAAAUGGUGAUAUCUAUAUAUUGGAUGCCUAUAAUGGUAUAUAUAUUUAUUACAUAAAUUCAAAAUCUGAAUUCAAAUUUAAGAGUAAGAUUGAUAUUGGAAAUGAUUUAGCAUAUGCAUUUGAUGUUAAUAAUAAGAUAGAUUAUUAAGGUAUUAGUCAUGUUCAUAUUGCUGUUGUUCAUUAAAAAUCAGUUGUUGAAUAUAUUGAUGGAGUAUAAAAAGGAGGAUGGUUGAAUGCAUUUGAUGCUAAACAUCCUUCAUUUAUUUUUGCAAGUUAAUAAUUUUUGAUUGUAAAUCCAGGAGGAAAUACAUUCUAUCUUUACAAUUCAGAUCAUCAAUACUUAAUUCAUACAGAAACUUUACUCACUAAAAUAUAUUUGGCAAAUCCUUAUGAACCAGAUUUAAUUGCUGUCACAAAUUCAUUUGCAUAUAGAUAUGAAAUUGGAUAUGCAAGAUUAGCAGUACAUUCAUAUGAUGCAACACUUGGAGAUAAUGAAGUGUAAUUCUCAGCAAUUGGAGAAGAUAAAAGAAGAUGUUCAGCAUCACUAAAAUAUCAAAUAAUUAAAGAAGGUGACACUAAUAUUUAUCCUGUUGAUCAUAUUCCAUUCCCAAAUAUUAUGUAAUAUCCAUCUGAUCCAUUUUAUGUAUAAGAAUUAGCAGCAGGACCAAAUUUGAUAUAUACAAAUGGAGAUGAUUCAUAAAAAGAUCAUGUUAUUGUAGAUGUUCAUACAGUUUGGGAACUUAAUGUUACUGGAUUGACUUAUCCAACUGUAACUGAUGUGGCAUAUGCAGAUAUAUUAAUUGAUCCACAUUGGGUUAAUGAACAUAAAUUUUGGUUCCUUUAUUAAUUAGAAUCAAGUAAAUAAAUAGAAAUAUUUGAAUGCACAACUUAAUCAUAUUUAUCAAGAGAUGUACAUUGUGAAGAACAUGCAAAAUUCAAAAUUCCAAAUGUAUUAAAUCCAAGUACAUCAUAAUUUGAUUGGGAUGCAGAAGAAGGAGAUGUAUUAACACUUUAAUUUAUUGAACAUGAUUNUAGAAAGGUAUAAUAUCAUGUUUACAAUGCUUAAAAUAUUGGUGAUGAUUCAAAUGAAGAGCCUCUAAGAAUUUUAUUAAGAGGUUAAUAUGCCUAUGGUACUCCAGGUAGUAGUAUAACAAAUCUUGAUGGAGAUUGCAUAAUUGAUUUGUUAAAAAAUAAUGAUAAGAAUGAUAUUGUAGAAACUAUUUAACAUUUAGAUAGAGGAUUAUUGAUAUAAGAUUUAGGCAUAAAACCAGAAGAUUAAGAAAAUUUUAAGUUUACUUUGAUAGAUUUUAAAAUAAUGCCAAAUGGUGAUAUCUAUAUAUUGGAUGCCUAUAAUGGUAUAUAUAUUUAUUACAUAAAUUCAAAAUCUGAAUUCAAAUUUAAGAGUAAGAUUGAUAUUGGAAAUGAUUUAGCAUAUGCAUUUGAUGUUAAUAAUAAGAUAGAUUAUUAAGGUAUUAGUCAUGUUCAUAUUGCUGUUGUUCAUUAAAAAUCAGUUGUUGAAUAUAUUGAUGGAGUAUAAAAAGGAGGAUGGUUGAAUGCAUUUGAUGCUAAACAUCCUUCAUUUAUUUUUGCAAGUUAAUAAUUUUUGAUUGUAAAUCCAGGAGGAAAUACAUUCUAUCUUUACAAUUCAGAUCAUCAAUACUUAAUUCAUACAGAAACUUUACUCACUAAAAUAUAUUUGGCAAAUCCUUAUGAACCAGAUUUAAUUGCUGUCACAAAUUCAUUUGCAUAUAGAUAUGAAAUUGGAUAUGCAAGAUUAGCAGUACAUUCAUAUGAUGCAACACUUGGAGAUAAUGAAGUGUAAUUCUCAGCAAUUGGAGAAGAUAAAAGAAGAUGUUCAGCAUCACUAAAAUAUCAAAUAAUUAAAGAAGGUGACACUAAUAUUUAUCCUGUUGAUCAUAUUCCAUUCCCAAAUAUUAUGUAAUAUCCAUCUGAUCCAUUUUAUGUAUAAGAAUUAGCAGCAGGACCAAAUUUGAUAUAUACAAAUGGAGAUGAUUCAUAAAAAGAUCAUGUUAUUGUAGAUGUUCAUACAGUUUGGGAACUUAAUGUUACUGGAUUGACUUAUCCAACUGUAACUGAUGUGGCAUAUGCAGAUAUAUUAAUUGAUCCACAUUGGGUUAAUGAACAUAAAUUUUGGUUCCUUUAUUAAUUAGAAUCAAGUAAAUAAAUAGAAAUAUUUGAAUGCACAACUUAAUCAUAUUUAUCAAGAGAUGUACAUUGUGAAGAACAUGCAAAAUUCAAAAUUCCAAAUGUAUUAAAUCCAAGUACAUCAUAAUUUGAUUGGGAUGCAGAAGAAGGAGAUGUAUUAACACUUUAAUUUAUUGAACAUGAUUAUUAAAUUUCAAUAUAUGAAAGUACUCAUGAUUAAUCAGCUCCAUUAUUUGCUAUAAAAUAUGAUGAAUUACCUGAAAAUAAGAUUACAUCAUUUACUGUAUUAAGAAAAGCUAUUUAUGUUGUAUUGCCUAAUAAAAAAGAAGUUGAUGCUUGGUUUGGAUUCUUCCCAACUCCAACAAAACAUAUAAUUUCUAGUUAAACAAUGAAAGAAUAAGGAAGUGAUAGAAUAUUUGAACCAAUUAGAGUAUUUGGUAAUCCUGCUUUAAAAAGUGAAUUUGUAUUAAUUUAAUCAAAAGAUUGCAUAUUCUUUGGAGAUAUGAGAAAUACUUUUACUUUAAUUUAUAUAUUUGAUAUACUUCCUGAUGCUGAAGUUAGAGCAUAUUUAGGAAUGAGAACAAUCUUUAUAGUUUAAAAGAGUGUUUCUUAAGGUUUCAAGAUUUAAGAAUAUAAUUAUGAGAAAUUGAGUAACAUUUAUUUGAUGAAAGAAUUACCAUUAUAUGAUUAUGUUAUUUAAACUCCAUUAACAACAGAUUUCUGUUAUUAAACUGGAUUCUUAUUUGUACGUGCCUUAGAUCCAUCUACAUAAGAAACUGUAAUAUUAGUAUAUGAAUCAGAUGUACUCUAUUAAUUAUCAUUACAUAAAGUAGUUAAAACACAUUUAAAAAUUAAUGAUGGUUAAGUUAUGAAUAUGGCUGCUGCUGGACGUGAUUAAAUGUACAUGUAUGUCAAUAAUCAAUAAAAUGUAUAAAAGAUGGUUGGAUUCUUAAGAGAUGCUGUUGCUAUAUUAUAACCAUCACAUCUAUCCAAUUAAUAUGUUACUAAUUUGAAGGCCACUGUUAAUAUCACUAAUUAAGCUACUACUAAACCUAUGUCUAUUUCAUAUCCUAUUAAAUAUAUAAAUACUUAAACUUAUAUUCAAAUUAAUUAAGAAGAAUUGACAAAACAAAAUGGAUAAUUUACAUUUAUCAAUUAAGCAGCAGAUUAAUAUAUGGAAAUUAAAACAACAGGAUGGUAAUCUGGAUAAGUUAUUAAAUAUGAUGCCACUUGUGAAUAAUGUGAAUCACAUUUAAUCUAAAUGGUUAAUCCAGUAUAUCAUAUUACUGAUGGAUCACAAUAUCAAUAACAUUUUGUAGAUGGAGUUGCUGUAGGAAAUGAAAUGAUCUUUUAAACUAUUGAUUCAAUUAUAUAUUAAGAUGCAUCUGGUAAAUGGAUUGGAACACAUAAAUUACCAGUUGGAAUUGGUGCUGAUUGUAUAUCUAUAACAGCAAGUGAAGAUGGAAAAAUGAUUUUUAGUGGAUGUGAAGAAAAAGGUGUUGUUAAUAUUUAUCUAACAUUUUAUGAUGGUGAAUCAUUCACAGCAGCUACACCUACAUUAUAAUAAAUUGCUUAAGGUGCAAAACAUCCAUCCAAAUUAUUAUAUAAAGAUGGAAUACUCUUUAUUUUAGAUAAUUAUAAUAGUAAACCUACUUUAUAUGAUGGAACUGUUAGAAUCCACAAAGUUACUCUUAAUUAAGAAGAUAAAACUUGGGAUUUAGAUGCAGGACAAGUUAUUAAUUCAUAAUUCUUAAGCACUGAAAUCACAUUUUAAGCUGCAGAUUUUGAUGUUAUCAAAUAUCAAGUUGGUAAUGUUAAUUAUUAUAAACUUCUAUUAUCUAGUACUCUUAUGAGAGUAUGGUUUGUCGAUCUUUAUUGGAAUAAUGGAACAAUUUAAUAUGGAUAACAUGAUAAAUUUGAAAUCUUCAAUUUAAUUGGACAAAAUUUAGCAAUUGAAGAAAUAACUAGAUUUUAUUAAAUUAGAGCAAUCAAAUCAACUAUAAAAGAUAACUAAUUAUUAACAACUGCUUUAGUAUCUACUGAUAUAAUGGCAACUUAUGCUGUCACUUUUACUUUUGAUAUUUCAGAUCCUAUUAAAGGAGCACCUGUAGAACCAGAUGGUACGAUUCCAUUCUUACUUGCUAAUUAUGGUACAUGGAAACAACUAAAUAAACUUACACUCUUUGAAGAUCAUGUUGCCAUUGCUUAUACUAAAGAUAAGAGUAUCUUAGCUGCUGUUUAUCAAAUACCAAUUAUUGAUCAUAAUGCUAUUUAAGAAAGUGAAACUAAAAUUAUUACUCUUAUUGGAGGUGAAGAGGAUGAAUAAUAAACAUUCAUCUCUACAUAAUUUGUCAUGACUCUUUCAAAAGAUGUUGCAUUAGCAAGAGUAUAUAAUAUUAUAUUAUAAUUUAUAGCCUGUUCUUCAUACCAAUCUUGUAUAUAAUAUUGCAUAAAAAGAAAAUAUGUUAAUCAAAUAUGGAGUCACUGAUUAUCCAAGAUUAUUCAUUUAAAAGGGAGAUCAAAUCAAAGAAUAAAGUGUAUUUAUAACUGCUAGAAAUGAUUAUGGAUCAGCAAAAGCAGUCAUUCAUUUAACUAAAAAAAAUCCACCUGGUCCAAAUCCUCCAGGUCCUGAUCCAGAUGAUGAUAAGUAAUUAUUAUAUAUAUUACUUUAGAAAAGAGAGCAGUAAUUGGUGGUGGAUUACUUUACUCGUAAUCUUUGGAGUUGCUAUUAUAGGUGUUGGUGGAUACUUUGCUUAUUCAAAAUAUAAAAAUAAGAAUAAUGGUCCAUUACAUGUUUAAUCCUAUUGAUAUAUC